AUGUCUGUCCGUGAUUCAAGUGAGAGUAGCCAGAGCGAGCGAGAUGUUGCUGAUCGUGGAAGGAACCACAGGCGAAGCCGGUCGCUAUCCGGUCGCAUACGCGAAAUAGACGAACAAGAUGCAGAAAUGCACAUUGCCGACGAUGUCGAUGCUGAACGUGGUCUUGGUGCCUUGCAUCAUAUUCGGUCGCGGACUCGCAGCCGUACUGACCAAGUUGUCAUUGGCUGGGAAGAGGACGACGCGGAGAACCCUCAUAAUUGGAGUAAUAAAAAGAAAUAUCUCAUUACGGUCAUAACAGCCAUGCUGGUUCUUAACUCGACGAUUGGAUCAGCUCUUCCUAGUAUGGCUGUUCCUUACAUUAUGGAAGAGUUUCAUAUUGUUUCUUCAACGCAGAGAGUCUUACCGAUUUCUGUCUUUCUGAUUGGCUACGUAUUUGGGCCUUUGAUAUGGGCGCCGCUAAGCGAGCACCUUGGACGCCGAACUCUCACAUACUGCACAUUGACUGCUUUCACCCUCUUCACCAUGGCCUGCGCUCUGGCGCCAAAUUGGCCAGCCCUGCUUGUAUUUCGACUCUUUUGUGGCGUCUUUGCAUCAUCACCGAUUGCUGUAGUCGCCGGAAUUCUUGCCGAUAUUUAUCACGACCCGAUUACACGCGGCAGAGCCUUUGCCAUCUUCAUGGUUGCUACUACUGCAGGCCCACUUGCUGCACCGAUUAUUUCUGGAUUUACUUCACCUACAAUUGGUUGGCGAUGGGCAUUCUGGAUUGGCCUCAUCUAUGCUGGUGUGACAAUGGUGUUAACAGUGUUCCUCCCAGAAACAUAUGCACCUAUCUUGUUGGAACGUCGCGCGAAGAAGAUGCGCGAGGAAGACCCUACGAAUCCAGUUGUUGCACCCCGAGAGCUCGAAGAAACGGAUAUCGGGCAGCUCCUUCGUGUCGUUUUGACACGACCUCUUCGAAUGCUUUUCUUUGAACCCAUUGUUUCGGCUACAUGCGCAUACAUUUCUAUUGUUUACGCAAUUUUCUAUAUGUCCUUUCAGGCCUUCCCUAUUGUCUUCCAGCAGCUAUAUGGGCUCUCACCUGGCGUGACUGGUCUAACAUUCCUCUCCAUUGGUGUCGGGGCUUUGAUUAGCUUACCCAUCUUUUGGACAUGGGAUAGCAUUCUCGCAAAGGCUCACGCGAAACAAGCCCCAUGGGUUCAAAGAGAAGAAUAUCGUCGCCUGCCACUAGCAUGUCUCGGUGGCCCCAUGUUUGUCAUUGCUCUGUUUUGGCUAGGGUUUACCGCGAAAGCGUCCAUUUCUUUUGUCGUACCUAUGCUGGCCGGUAUUCCGUUCGGCAUAGGUAUGAUGCUCAUUUACAUGGCGAUGUUGAAUUAUUUGACAGAUGCAUAUGAGAUUUUUGCUGCUUCAGCAAACGCCGCUGGGUCAACAUGUAGAUCCCUUUUCGCCGUUGUAUUGCCCUUGGCCGCUACGUCUAUGUUUUCUACACUUGGCAUCUCGGGUGCCUGUGCCCUACUAGGAGGUAUCAGCGCUCUCAUGUGCGUCAUUCCCUUUAUCUUUAUUUGGAAGGGCCCAAGUAUCCGCAAGAAAUCUCCCUUUUGCAUUGCUUUACUGGAAAGAAAAGAGCAGAUUGCUAGGCGAGCACAGGAACAGAAAGAGAGGGCUGAACGCCGAGCACAGCGAGAGAAGGCGAGACAGCAGUACCAAAAUUAG